AUGGAGCGGGAGCUGGAGCUGGAGGUUCGUAUUUACAUGUCCCGGGGGCGAUGGUUUGCCGUCUACUUACAUCGGCAGACUGUUCGCAUUCGAUAUGGUCCAAUGACCAAUAGGACCAACAUAUACGAUGGACUGGAGGAUGUUGUGCGUGCCGCCAUUUUUCUGAGCGAAGAUCAGGCCGAACUGGCCGUCGAGCCAUAUGGAAUACAUCGGGUCAACCAACGAUUCACCAAUCUUACCCAUCUGAGACUUCUCAGUAGCGACCCCCUUUUCUCCAGCGAGGAGAGCCAUACGUAUGCACAAACCUCGCUUGAGGCAGUGGUUCGGAUUCGCCAACAAUACUGCAACGAAAGGAACAACAGCCUGCUUCUAUGGGAUCAGCGACUCGCUACUUGGUUUAUCACAAGUUUCAACCGUUUUGAUACACUGAUUGUACAUUACCAAAAGCAAUGCUAG